AAGAGAUUAUUAUAGUCGACGAGCCGGGCCAUUCUCCACCCCCUCUCCCAUUCCCACCCGCACCUCUCCUCUCGCCAACCAACCGUCCGCUUCGCCUGCGACACAGGCCCCAACCCCGAGCAGCGCCUUUCGAGCCAGCAGCUGGACCCUCUGGUCGAGUGACGCGCGCGUCCACUCAUGCUGCUCAUGCUGCUGCCCGAGCACCCAAAAAACUCAAGGUUCGCCUAGGCACUACCGCCCAACAACAACAAGCGACCAACUCCGUCUAUUCUGCUGGCAAUAGUUUCCUAGGGCCUUAUGAUCGGGAACUGGAUAGCAGCGACGAGGAUUUGACAUUCGAGGAGCAGUUUAUUCUCAGAGUACCAGAGGAGGGUGGGUUGGCGGAAGAGAUGAGGAAGAGGGUGCAGAGGAAGGAUGUGGGGGAGGACGUGUGGUUCCGAUUCAAAGAUUCUCGAAGAGCAAUGUUUCAUCUCGGUACUCAAACCUACCCAGCCAAACUCGUGGAUCUGCCAAGUAUUAUCGAGUCGCAGAAAACCCUUAACAGCAGACAACUCUACAAGACUGCAGACAUCUGUCAGAUGCUUCUCGUCGAACCCCAAGCACUUGAUUCUACCAACCUCGGGACAGGUGCGGGAGGAGGAGGCGAGAAAAGCUUCAAUCUGGAAGAAUUUAUUUACCCACACGGGAUCACCCCACCAUUGAAGUGGGUGCGGAAAAGGAGAUUUAGGAAGCGAAUCAACCGGAUGACGAUCGAGAGUGUGGAGCAGGAAGUGGAGAGGCUACUCGAGGUAGACGCGAAGGCCCUGGAAGUCGAAUUUGAUAUUCUGGAGAACGUAGAUCCAGAUAUGUCAGACUCUGAAUUCGAACCUCGUGCGAUGGAUGCAGCCACCCCCGGCUCUGCGAUGGGCGAGGAUGGGUAUGCAGAGUCAGGAACCGGCCGGCCGGGCGAGGACGGGGAGGAGGAAGAAGAGGACGAGAUGGAUAUGGAGCUCGCAGCGGAGAUCGAUCGUGCCUUUGAGGAAGAGGCUGCGUCUGAUUCUGAAGAGGAAGUUGGGGGACAGAGGGAAGUUGGCGAGAGCGAGUCAGAAACGGGAAGCGAGGAAGAAUCUGAGGAGGAGGAGUAUGAGUCGGACGAGUCGGGAGAAGAAGACGAAGAGGAAGAAGAGGCUGAGGAAGCUGAUGCUGGUGGAGAACGGCAGAGGCGGCGGUUGCUCGCCGAAGAGAUCGCAGACCUGGAGCGUGCUUGCGAGCGGAAAGCGGCCGAGGUUGCGCGUGCAGGAAAUCCUGUAAUCAAGAAGCGACUCGAGGACGUGUUAGGCAAGUUGACACGAGAUCUGGAGAUGAGGAGAGCACAGAGGGAGGAGAUGAGACGAGGCAGAGAGGAACGGAGGAGGGUUAGACGCGAGGUAAAGAAAGC